CCUUUUUCCUGUGUAAAUCGCUCGCUUCUCCUCCACUUCUUCUCCCGACCUGUGCAAACUCUCAACCCUCUCCUUCGCCAUGGAGCUGGAUCUCACGAGGAAAGAGGCCUAAAGGAAGAAAUUUCUCAGUUCAAAUUUCUUUCUCCUGAAAAAUUCAAAGUUCCUGGCCACUGAGGUGUCGGUGGUGGAAGAUCGUGCAGCAACCGAUAUUUGAAUAAAUAUGAUGGCUGAGUGUACCUAUCAACAUAAGGAGAAUAAUAUGGGUGAUGAAACCGUUAGAGCACCCAAUGUUCAAUAUCAUUCACAGUGGAUCAAACGCUGGACAAGAGAAGCAACUAAAUCAGUUCCUCGUAACCAUCAGUGUUUCGCUGUUUCUAGUUCAAGCAAAGCAGAAGUUCAUGAAAAAGUCAAGCGCUUGCAAGUCGAUACUCUGGAAUCUGGAAAAUUCAAAACGCUGAAAAGUGUUAUGAAUCAGGGAAGUGUCUCCGAAUACAAAAAAAUAUACAGAUUUGGUUUCAGUAAAGUAGCCCUACCUGUUGAAGUUCAACAAUCAGCUGAAUCUAGCUAUAGAACUAGUCAAAUAUCUCAUGUUGUUCAAUUUGCAUCAGAAGAACAUCAAUUUGAACCACAGACAAACAUGAAGUGUCUGAAUCAAGAUAUGCAGCCUCACAUUGCUGUUAAAGGUUCUUUGAGUUGUGUGGACGAUAUUGAAGGAUCAACUGCUCAAUGGCAAAUUGGCCAAUGUGAAAAACAAAGAUCAAGCACAAGACCUUUUUUCAGUACACUUAAUCUAGAAGGAGGACGUUGUCCAUCCUCAUCUCGACUUGAAGGAAGUGAAGUAAAUCGUGUAAACUUUUCUAGUAGUAGUCUAUUGCUGACUUGGAAAGAUUCUGUUAGUUUAAAGAGAUUUGAUGAUCUUGGGCAUAAUUCGUCAUGUGAUCUCCAAAUGCUGAAAAUUCCUUCUUCCUCCAGCACUAUGAAAAACACAAGGGAAGGACAACCAAGGUUAUCUGAUGCAGGAAAAGCAUUUUUAAUGGCCAAGAAUACGAGUGUGAGAUUGUCUCCUGGGAAACAAAUAAAUAUGGAUUCUUCAAACUCCACCAAAGGCCAAAGAAUUGCUGUUUAUGAGAUGCUAACUGUACCUAAAAGACCAGAUGGCUGCAGUUCUGAGGGGCUACAAAAGGUUUUUGAAUUGACGAAAGAUCAAUCACGAUCGACUUCACCAAAAGAGCCAUCAACUAGCAUUUAUAUGGAAACUGACACAAAGUUAUCACAUCCAGUCUACAAGGAAAUACAUGCUGAAAGCUGUGAUCCUGGAGUAUUAUUAGAUUCAGAAGCCUGCAGCAGAUGGCUUAAGCGCCUCCAAUCCAAACCCGUAGCUUCUCCAGCCAUUGGCAGCAACAAGUUCAAAACUGGAGAUGGUCCACCAAGUGGACAAACAUGCUACGAGAUACCCAUCAGUCCUAAGGAGAAAGAGGCAGUGAACUUGAAGAAACGAAUGACAAAUUCAAGGUUCUCUUCCGGCAUAUCGAUGGAGAAUUUCUGCACUUGGAUGCAGAGAUGGUGCUGCAAAAACACUCUAAGGAAUGAAGCUGUCGUUGAUGGUACUCCAGCUUCAUGUGAGGCAGCAAAUUCACACCUCACUAAAAGCCAUGAAACCAUGAAGCAGUUUCCCAGUCUUGCAGCAAUGGCUUUGGUGGGGGGAGUCAUCAAACAGUUCCAUACAUGUGUGUUUCGUAGAGUGGGAUCUUCUGUUGUUUGGAACAUUGAGCCCUUCUAAAACUUUUGAGACUUUUAGAAGGAGAUCCAACAAGAAGGUUGUGGACGUGUCAAUUGCUAUCACAGGAACUGUAUAGAGGAGUUUUAGGAGGUGGGAUUGCUGUCGCCUGAAAAGUCAGGAGAAGAUUAAAGAUCAAAGAAAAGGGUUAGAAUGGUGCUGAGAUGUUAAGUCAGAACCAGCGGGAAGAUGGAGGAAAAUAUGGAGAAGAUUAAAGAUCAAGGAAAAGGGAAUGGUGCCGAGAUGUCCCAGUGUUGCCACCGAUGCUUAAGUCAGAACCAGCAGAGAAGAUGGAGGAAAAUAUGAACUAAUAUUCCUUCUUCCUCACCUUCUAUGUAUUAAUGAUCUUUACGCUACCUUUAGUGGCUCUUUCCCUUCCCCUUAUUAAUAAUUAUUCAUUACUUUCACUGGAGUUCA